AUGGAAUGUCCACGCGCCACCGAGAGACUACGCAUCGGCCUUCCUGCAACAGUCGAACAACCCUCUCAUGCAAUCUCCCAGAAUACAGCUACAGGACCAUCGGCAUCCGGAAGCCUUAUACUUACUGCCACAGAGAACUUCAUAACUUUUCUUGAUGCGCUGAAGCUCAAUAUGCUUUCCAAAGAUGCGCUCCAUCCGCUCUUGUCAGAAGUUAUUCAGUCCGUGAAUAAAGUAACCGAACAAGACUUCGAAAAUAGAGGAAAGAUAAUCCAAUGGCUUAUCACGCUGAAUCAAAUGAGAGCUACGGAAGAGCUCAGCGAAGAGCAAGCUAGAGAGUUAGCAUUCGAAAUGGAGCAGGCAUACCAAGGAUUCAAGGCGACUCUAAACUGA